CUCAGCUACUUUCGUUAUGUCCCUGCAACAAGCCCCUUCGUCGCGGGUGUUCGUGGAACUGGUUCCCUGGGCUGACCGGGGCCAGGAGAACAGCUUGGUCUCAGGCAGAGAGACGCUGCCUGGCAUCCGCCGUCCCCUUUCCUCAGCACAGUCCCAAACUACGACCCGCGAGGUGCACGUAAGCGGCACCGCGGAGGUGUCUGCGGACCCUGACCGGGCGCAGGUAGCUGUACGGGUGAGCAGCACCAAGGCGGCAGCGGCCGAGGCCAAGAAGAGCGUUUAUCGCCGACUGGACUACAUCACUCAGAGCCUCCAGCAGCAGGGCCUACAGGCAGAAAAUGUAACAGUGACAAAGGAUUUUAGAAGAGUGGAAAAUGCUUACCAUAUGGAAGCAGAGGUCUGCAUUACAUUUACUGAAUUUGUAAAAAUGCAAAAUAUUUGUAACUUCCUUGUUGAAAAGCUAGAUCGUUCUGUUGUCAUCAGUCCACCCCAGUUCUAUCAUACACCGGGUUCUGUUGAGAAUCUUCGGCGGAAAGCCUGUCUUGUUGCUGUUGAGAAUGCAUGGCGUAAAGCUCAAGAAGUCUGUAACCUUGUUGGCCAAACUAUAGGAAAACCUUUAUUAAUCAAAGAAGAAGAAACAAAAGAAUGGGAAGGCCAAAUAGAUGAUCAUCAGUCAUCAAGACUCUCAAGCUCAUUAACUGUACACCAAAAAAUCAAAAGUGCAACACUACAUGCUGUUUCAAAAGUAUUUAUAACUUUUGAGGUAAAGGGGAAAGAAAAGAAAAAAAAGCAUCUCUGAAAUGCCAGCCAAAAUAUAUUCUGUUUGUAUCUUAUCUGUUUUAUACUUUUUGGAAUGUUUGCUUUUGUCGUAAAAUGUUUUUUUCCAAAAAUCUAAUAUCUAUGUUUAUUUUUGUUUCUAUUUUCAAAAACUACUCUGGGAAAUUUUUUAAUUUUGGAAAUAAAUAUAUAGUUUGUACAGUUAUAUACUGAAAUUCAUACAAUUGCAUGUGUAAGUAACAUGAUUCUUAACAAAGAUUAAGCUAAAUUUUCUCAGCCAUGUUUUUAUGAUGGAAAAUUAUACAUUUUUCAGUAUAAAAAAUUAUUAAAAAAUUCAAAAGCUAGGCUUUAACAAAUUAAAUUUUAAAAAUUAUAGGGCAACUUUUUUUUACAUAUGAAAGGAAGUUCUUAUGUUCCAUCAAACAAUCAUUUUAUAUAACUCUUGAUUAAUAUAGAUACAGGAUUUUAAGUGAAUCCUGUCGGGUAAGAGAUUUGAUUUUACCCUACUUUCAAGCUAAUCAGAGCCCUGGUGGUGCACUGGUUAAGAACUUGGCUGCUAACCAAAAGGUCGGCAGUUUGAAUCCACCAGCUGCUCCUUGGAAACCCUAUGGUACAAAACUACUCUGUCCUAUAGGGUCGCUAUGAGCAGAAUCGACUCUACUGCAAUGGAGUUUGUUGGGUUUAUAAGCUAAUCCGUUAGCCUGGUAUUAUUUCUUGGAUGCUGGAAGGGAACAUGAGACUCCUGGGUCAGAGAAAAAGGUCUGUCUUAUUCAUGGCACAGUAAGCAGCAUGAGCAUCAGCAUAUUUGCAUCAGUUCCCCUUGUGCCCAAGCCCUAUGGGGGCAACACGAUAAGACUAUAGAACAAUGGGUACACAUGCAGUGGGUUUGCAUCAUAGCUGAGGAAUACUGAGUUUGGAGGAUUCAUUGCUUUUAUCACGAGCAGAAGCAAACUGUUUUUUGUUCUGGAGGGAGACAUUAUCUCAGCCCUCAAGGAUGCUUACUGCAAACACAAUCCUCAGAAAUGACCUGAAGAAAGAACAGGAUCAGAGCCUUGCAUUCUAGGCACACCCAGCAAGACAUGUAGGAGAGCAAGAGACUCAUAGCGGACUAUCUGUCACCAUACAUUCUCUUACUAAAUCCAGAGACCAUUAAUUUGCAGACCAAUUACCUCAUCUGUAAUAACUUUGUGAAAGAGCAAUUCCAGGAAAAGACUUAUAUGCCGGAAAUAAAAGACAUAAUUUAUGCACCAGACUAUCCUCACCAGGGCUCCUUAAGGUUAUACUAGCACUGUCCAAUACAAAUAUAAUGCAAGCUACAUAUGUAAAUUCUCUGACAGACGUAUUUAAAAAGUUUAAAAAAAUUUAAAAACAGGAAAUUAAUUUUAAUAACAAUAACCCAGUAUGUCCAAGAUGUUACUGUUUCAGCAUGUAAUCAAUAUUUCAAACGUCAAUAAGAUAUUUUAUGUUGUUCUUUUUGUACCAAAUCUUCAAAAGCUAGUGUAUAGUUUACAGUAUAUCUCAAUUCAGAUGUAAAAUUUAAUUGGAAACAUUUGGUCUGUGUUUAAAUUUCCUAAAUUAUACAGUUUAAAACAUAGAUUCACAUAGUCAAAUUGUUUCAGACAUGCUUAAAAGAUUUCCAGGAACUGGAUCAAGUAUCAGUUUUUAAAUUUUAAUUAAUUAAAAUUAAAUAAAAUUUAAAAUUCAGUUCCUCAGUUGCACUAGCUAUAUUUCAAGUACUCAAUAGCUGUAAGUGGCUAAUGACUACCAUGUUGGACAGCACAGAGUUAUACACUGAGAUAAUAUUAAUCUUUAAGGCUAUUUGAGAUUUAACAGCAAGUUCCUAUUAUUGCUAUUACAUUACAUACUCUUUACAGGUGAUCAUAAGCCAAGUUAUCAUAUAGUCUGUUCCUAAGGGUUUUUCUGUGCUAUGUCUUGAUACUCAUAUACCAACAUUUCUUUCCUACAACAUACUCUCCUGUGUUUUCAUCCCCACCCACAUUCCCAAGUGGAAUUGAAACCAUUUUAUCUAUCUGUAUUGGAGUGUCGUUAGGGAAAGGGUACAUGGAAGAAAAGUUUUGGAAUGUAACAUCUCUAGGUUCAAAUCCUGACUUUGCUAGUAAAGUGAAAGCUUCUUGAAAAUAGGGAUCUUGUCUUUUUUAUUCAUAGCAGCAUUCCCAGCAUAGUGUCAGGGCCAACACAUAGUAGGCUCUCAAAAUAUUUGCUGAGCAACUUUACAAGUUGUGUAAACUUGGCAAGGCACUUAAUUGCUUUAAGUUUCUGUUUCCUGACUGAUGAAAUGAAACUAAUAAUAACUACCUUGCAGUGUUACUGUAAGGAUUGAAGUUGAUAAGUAUAAGGCCAUAAGAACAGCACUCAGCACAUAGUAGUCUCUCAGUAAAUGGAAGCCAUUAUAUCAACUACAUCCUUUGACUAUUUUCAACCCAAUUAAAAAAUGGUUUUUCCAAAUCCUCCAUUAAAAGUUAUAUUAAAAACAAAAUUUUCAGAAACCAAGUGUAAAAUAUGUUGAAUUUUACACCCACCCCCCAAAAAGCUAAAUAUAUCUUAACCAAAACUAAACCCAUUGCCAUCAAGUCGAUUCAGACUCAUAGAGUCCCUGAAGGACAGAGUAGAACUGCCCCGUAGGGUUUCUAAAGCUGUAAUCUUUACAGAAGCAAACUGCCACAUCUUUCUCCCAGGGAGCGGCUGGUGGUUUCAAACCACCAACCUUUCGGUUAGUAGCCGAGCGCUUAACCACUGUACCACCAGGUCUUAGCUUUCAUUUAUACAAUUGAGUAGAAAACUAGAGUUGGAGCAGUUCAUAAAGAAAAAGAAAAAUCACUCCCAACAAAUAUUUAACCAUGGGUAGAUUUCUCUUACCCAUGGCUUCGUAACACAUUUGGUUCCAUCAUAUUUGGUAAAGUAGGCUUUCAACUUAGCAUGAAAUACCUGGAAACAAAAUUUUUCAAGUUAGCAAACGCUUUUAAGAAUUUACAGUGUUUUUUCACCAGUGACCACCCCGACAGGGAAUACAACAGAGAGUACCUGAUGGAGCAGGAGAAAAGUU